AUGCAAGCCAUAAAAUGCGUAGUAGUAGGGGAUGGAGCAGUCGGAAAAACCUGUCUCUUAAUCAGUUACACGACUAAUGCCUUCCCUGGAGAAUACAUUCCCACAGUUUUUGACAAUUACUCUGCAAACAUCAUGGUGGACGGGAAACCCAUAAACCUCGGUCUAUGGGACACAGCCGGUCAAGAAGACUACGACCGACUCCGUCCACUCUCCUAUCCACAAACCGAUGUCUUCUUGAUUUGUUUCUCGUUAGUGAGUCCGGCAUCGUUUGAAAAUGUGCGUGGCAAGUGGCAUCCCGAGAUCACGCAUCACGCACCAAACGUCCCGAUUAUUUUGGUUGGGACCAAAUUGGAUCUGCGUGAGGACAAGGAAACCAUUCUGAAGUUACGGCAGAAACAGCAGUCCCCGAUCACGUAUCCCCAGGGCCUGCAGAUGGCCAAAGAUAUCUCGGCGGUUAGGUAUUUGGAGUGUUCGGCGUUGACGCAAAAGGGUUUGAAAAAUGUGUUUGAUGAGGCCAUUCGUGCGGUUCUUUCUCCUGCCCCUGUACAGAAACAAGUGAAGAAGUGUCUGAUCUUGUAA